AUGUCCGACGACAAGGAACUGGCCUGGGGCUAUGCGGCCAACGCCCUCGACACGGUUCUGGAUAUACUCAUGAGGGCCACCCAAGUCAUGUCGGUCCAGGCUCUGUUGAUAUUAGCGUGGUUCUUUCUGGGUACUCCCAAUCCUCAGCCCAGCUUCAUGUUGGUGGCCAACGCCAUUCGACUCGCACACACCAUCGGGUUACAUAGAAAGGAGUGCAGCUCGUCGCUGAGCCCGAUAGAGAAAGCGACGAGAGCCAAUGUAUUUUGGCUUGCUUUCUCCCUGGACCGAGAGUUGAGUCUACGGACCGGGCGGCCUCCUGCGCAAGAUUUCGGUGGCUUUGAGGUUGAUUUGCCUGAUUUACUGUUGCAGCAUGAGUUCAGCACCCAUGCUCCUUCCAACGGGCUGGUCAACAUUUUCAUAGCCGCUUCUCGCCUGGCUGUUAUCCAAGCUAAACUAUAUUCCAAGAUCUAUCUUGGAGAAGGGAUUAACCCAGGCCUGAUCAACUACUCUUCUGUUCUACGCUUGAACUACACCUAUCGGCAUUGCGUGAUUCUGGUUCAUCGGGCACAGAGCGAAUAUGACUGGAGGUCUUUGGCGUCGUCGGAGUGGUCAUCUACAGUUUUGUCAGGACAGGUCACAACCUCUAUUCAUAACUCUGUGGAUGCUGCUAGAGCAAUUCUCCAGCUGGAUGUACUCGUCCCGGAUACCUGGAAAAGCUUGACUUGGGACGUGAUUCCGAUCAGUGUCACUGCCACCCUCAUCCUGUCCCUUUAUACUGUGCGUGGACCCCGCGCACCAGACGUCGCCGAGGACCUCGAUUCUGUCUCAAAAGCUCUGAAGCGUCUUGCCUUGCUCGAACUUUCUGAGCCUGGCUCAUAUUUGACUCCGGUACGAACGGUCUGUCAGGAUGCGUACAGGGCUGCCCUAGGGGCCUUCAAUACGUCCGACAGCACAUCAUCGCAACCAGGAAAUACGACCUCUGACCACGGCCAAACUGCCGCUCACGGCAAACAAGUCCACCAAGAGAGCACUUCGGACACCAUGCGAGACUCUUCUCAAGUGACUGUAUCAGAGCUUUCUCCCCUACUCGAGCCUCAUCAUGAAGCAACUUCGAAUCCAAGCAACGGGAUCAACGGAACUAGCUUUUUGCCAUUUGACCAGAAUACCCUCGAUUCUUGGGGUGUUCCUUGGGGAUUUGAACAUCUUUUGGGAGAUGAUACUUCGAUGUUCAUCUGA